UGCCCACCUGACGUCACACGAUCCCUAACGACAGUAGCAUUUAGCCUUUCCCUUAGUGACAGGCAGAGGCCGCGGUGUCACAGGGUUGCGGUUGCCUAGGAGACGUACAACAUGGCGCCCUGACUGCAGUUCCCUGCUCUCCCGGAGUGACUGAAUGACCCGGAGAAGACGGGGAUGGGGGAGACAUAAUGCCAGUGCGGGCCCGGUGUGUGACAGCCUCCUCCGUGUGACCGGCGGCCACCAUGAACAGAUAUAAAACAAUCCAGAAAAUAGGGGAAGGGACGUUUUCGGAAGUUGUGAAGACCCAAAGUUUAAAAGACGGACAGUACUACGCGUGCAAGAAGAUGAAGCAGCUGUAUAAGAGCAUUGAGCAGGUAAACAAUGUGAGAGAGAUUCAGGCGCUGCGAAGACUGAGCCCGCACCCCAAUAUCCUCAUGCUGCAUGAAGUGCUCUACGACAGAAAAUCCGGAUGCCUGGCCCUGAUCUGCGAAUUGAUGGAUAUGAACAUCUAUGAGUUAAUCAGAGAGAGAAGACAGCCCCUACCGGAGAGUAAGAUCAUGAACUACAUGUACCAGCUGUGUAAGUCUCUGGAGCACAUACACAGAAAUGGCAUUUUUCACCGUGACGUAAAACCAGAGAAUAUUCUAAUAAAGCAAGAUGUCCUAAAACUCGCAGACUUUGGCUCGUGUCGUAGCGUUUUCUCCAAGCAGCCGUACACAGAGUAUAUUUCUACCCGCUGGUAUCGAGCCCCCGAGUGUCUCCUGACUGACGGAUACUACACCUACAAAAUGGACCUGUGGAGCGCCGGCUGUGUUUUUUACGAGAUCUGCAGCCUCCAUCCUCUCUUCCCUGGUUUGAAUGAACUAGACCAGAUAUCCAAAAUCCACGACAUCCUGGGCACCCCGACCACAGCCGUCCUGCGGAAGUUUAAACAGUCAAGAGCUAUGAAUUUUGAUUUCCCACCUAAGAAGGGGAGCGGGAUCAGACAUUUGUUACCCGGCCUCUCACCUGAAGGCAUCGAUCUGAUAACCGCCAUGCUGGACUACAGUCCUGACGACAGACUCAGCGCCGGUAAAGCCCUCCAGCACCCCUAUUUUGAGGAGCCCAGGACUUUAGAGAAGCAUUCCCUGUCUCGUAAGAUAGGACUGAGCGAGAAGUCAAACACUGCAGCCUCGAUGAAUUAUCUAAUGCGGAUCGCGGGACAGGGGCGAAGGCAGCAGACCAUGAGGCCACUACCAGAUCUUGGAUUCCGCGGACCUACCUUCCCAAUGGAGCUGCCAAAACUUAAUGUACCGGGGGCAUCAAAGUCUGUACCCUUCUCCACACUCAAGUUUCAGUCUGUUUUCCCUACUCCUGUAAACGGCGGCAAACUUCCCAUAAUUCCAAGCGUGAAGUACAUAGACACCAAGAUAUACCUAAAUAGGACAAAGUAAAAGGACGGGGUGUUAUGGAAACCUGCGACAGACGGAGCAGCAUCUUACCGCAAGAGCAAAUAAAAGUAUGUUUAUUACAGCUUGGAUCCACAGUGAAAUAUCAGCUGACCAAUAAAACAGAAGGCAUAUGCAAAAAAAAUAAAAAAAAUAAAAACCUUUUUAUAAUAUGUAUCUCUUUAAUUAGAAAUCACUAUUUUCAUAUAAUGAAAAUGACUAGUGUAAUGAUCAAACACCUCCCCCCCAUUACAUUAUUUAUACAUAUCAUACAGAGGCAUUAGAAACCACAAUAUUAAAAUAAAGGUUUAAUAGAUACAAAGGAUCAUUUUAAUUUUCACAACAGGUUUUUUUUUCCUUUUUCUCCUGGGAAUUAUUCCCCCUCCCCCCUUUUUUUAUAUAUAUACGGUAAUUCUUUUAUUUUUAUUACACCCAAAAGUAAUUUUUCUCAACUUGCAAUUAACUAUUUAAGUGCAAACAUUUUUUCUUAAUUAAAAAAAAUAUAAUUACGGUAAAACUAAAAAUUGCAGCUUCCAUCUUCCUGAAAAUUUUAAAUUACAAUUUUAAAGUCACUAAAGAUAAAAUGACUGUUCAUAUCAAGUGCAUUCCAGAGACGCUUAUCCAAACCAACGUUUGUCCCCCCUCCAAAACUGCGGCUCUCCAGCUGUUGCAAAAACUACAAUCCCCAGCAUGCCCUGACAGCCGAAAGUGCAAAACUACAAUCCCCAGCAUGCCCUGACAGCCGAAGGCUGUCAGGGCAUGACGGGGAUUGUAGUUUUGCAAUACCUGGAGAGUCGUAAUUUGAGGGGGGAGGAACAUUGGUCUAAAAAAAAAUAAUAAUAAACAAAAUAGAAAAAAAUUAAUCAGUGCAAUACACAAUGGUGGAUUAAUUCUUACCAUCUAUUAAUAAUAAUAAAAAAAAAAUUACUGGGGAUUUUCAAUAAGCAGACUUUAUUUUACAUUAUAUUUAUAAAGAUUAAAUUACAUUAAAGUCGAAAAAGUAUAAAGCAAAAAGAGGAAUGAAUGUACUAGUAUUGAGUUUCACUGUAACGUCUAAG